AUGUCCUCCAACAUUACUCUUUACACUUGGCCGACGCCCAAUGGUGUGAAAGCCUCAAUUACCCUCGAGGAAUUGAAUAUACCCUACAAAACCGAAGGCAUUAACAUCAGCACCAAUAUCCAGAAAGAAGACUGGUUCCUGAAGAUCAAUCCCAAUGGUCGUAUUCCCGCAAUCCUCGAUGGAAGUCAACGCGUCUUCGAAAGCGGUGCUAUUAUGCUCUACUUGACAGACAAGUACGACAAGGAAAGGAAUAUCAGUUAUGCACCGGGAACAUCUGAAUAUGUGGAGGAGCUAUCUUGGCUCAUGUUUCAAAUGGGUGGUGUUGGCCCCAUGCAGGGUCAAGCCAACCAUUUCAGACUCUUCGCUGGAGCCCGAUCCGACUACGGCAUUAACCGCUAUAUAAGCGAGACGAAGCGUUUGUACGAAGUUCUUGAGUCUCGUCUGAAGGAGAGUCCCUACCUGGCGGGUUCGAAAUACACUAUUGCGGAUAUCGCCAACUAUUCGUGGGUCCGAAGCGCACCGGUUGCUCUGGGGAUCGACCUAGCAGAAUGGCCCGCAUUGAAGAAGUGGAAGGAGGAGAUUGAGAAGCGGGAUGCUGUUCUGAAGGGAGUUGAUGUCCCCAAGAGAGAUAUCACGCCUGAGCAAAUGGCGGAAAAUUUUAAGAAUUCUCGUGCUAGGAUUGAUGGAAUGACAAACUCGGACCAGCAUUGA